CGCGAUCAUCUCGGAUCACAAGGCUGAUGUCAGGUGUUUGUGUGUCCAUGGAUCUCUCUUAUCAAGCCAUAAAAACUGCCAAUCUGGCUCGAGAGGCGGAUGAACUAAGAACAGGAACCAGGAGGAGAAAUUUGCUGGUUUUAAUUCAUCAUCAUUUACUGGAGGAGGGGUAUAUGGAUGCAGCAAAAGCACUAGAAAAAGAAAGCACUUUUGGUUUGUGCCGUUUUGAGGUCUGCGAUAAUGUAGACCUGGACACAGUUCUCAUGGAAUACGAGAGUUAUUAUUUCAUAAAGUUUCAGAAAUUUCCCAAGCUGACGAAGAAACUGCCAGGACAAGGAGAGAGUCGACUUGUAAAGAGCUGUGGUAAAAGGAGGACAUCAUCAUCUACCAGUCAAACACUCCCAAGAAUCAACUCUAUCCAGCGUCCUGUAUCCAGAAACACUGUUAAAAAUUCUGAAUCUAAACUAACAGGGAGAGAUUUCAGUAAAUCCAGCAGUGAAAGUGAGCACCUGUCUCCAGCAGAGACAUCAGAAUUUGGCCUGAAUGUGUCUCCAAUCAUCAGGAAUGGCACCGGAGAGGGGACACACAUGAGAAAGGGACAUCUGAUUGACUACAAAAAUCUGAUUCAAGAUGCAGUGAAAGGUGCCGCUAAUGACACAAACAUUUUUCCCUGUGCCUCAGAUUUCUCAGAGCGUUUGCUGAAACCGAUCAGUUCCUUCAUUGGGAUGAAUAGUGAAAUGAGAGAACUUGCUGCUGUUAUUAACAGAGAUAUCUAUUUACACAACCCCAACGUGCGCUGGGACGACAUUAUAGGCCUGGAGGCGGCCAAGCGAUUAGUCAAAGAAGCUGUCGUCUACCCCAUUAAGUAUCCUCAACUGUUCACUGGAAUUCUGUCACCGUGGAAGGGUUUACUCCUAUAUGGGCCCCCAGGCACAGGGAAAACCAUGCUGGCCAAAGCUGUGGCCACGGAAUGUAACACAACGUUUUUCAACAUCUCUGCAUCCAGCAUUGUGAGCAAGUGGAGAGGAGACUCUGAGAAAUUAGUUCGGGUUUUGUUUGAGCUGGCAAGAUUUCACGCCCCGUCCACCAUCUUCCUGGACGAGCUGGAGUCAGUGAUGGGCCAGCGAGGGGUUGGCCAAGGUGGUGAACAUGAGGGCAGUAGAAGGAUGAAGACAGAGUUACUAGUUCAGAUGGAUGGACUGGCACGAUCUAACGACCUUGUGUUCGUGCUGGCUGCCUCAAACUUACCCUGGGAGUUGGAUCAUGCAAUGCUGAGGAGACUAGAGAAACGGAUACUGGUGGGUCUGCCGUCUGCCGCUGCCAGACAGGCCAUGAUUAGUCAAUGGCUUCCUCCGGUCAGCAAUACAGGUGCUGUGGAACUGCGCACAGAGCUGGACUAUGACAGGCUAGCACAGGAGACUGAUGGUUACUCUGGGUCAGAUAUCAGAUUAGUGUGUAAGGAAGCCGCAAUGAGACCUGUGCGAAAAAUCUUUGACAUCCUUGAAAAUCACAUUGAGGGUCAGUCUAAUAUGCCGGUUAUUGAACUAGAAACUGUGACCACAGCAGAUUUCCUGGAGGUGAUUGCUCACACCAAACCAUCAGCCAGAAAUCUGACGGAUAGAUUCACCGCCUGGGAGAGAGAAUACGAGUCUGUUUGAGACAACAUCAUUUCAACUACAUUAAGUUUUAUUACACACCAACCAACUCUAUUUUAUGAGGUGAUUGUGUGUUUUGAUACAUUUGUUCAAUGUCUGUAAAGGAUUUUUGGAGAAAAAAGGAACUGCACGGGG